AUGAGUACAAAAUACAAUAAAAUAGAUAAUAAUAAUAAUAAUGUACAACCGGAUGAAGAUAAAAGUGCUAAUAAAGUUCGGUUUUCAGAUGAUUUAACACAGUAUCAUCAUUAUAGUACACCAGACUAUGGUAGUUUCCCAAGUAUAGCGAGCAAUGACGAAGAAGAAAAGAAAAAAUCAAUUAAACAAAAGUUAGAGGAAGAGUUUGAUUCUUUUGUAAAACAAAAACUUUAUCAUACUCUCUAUAUUACAACUUCUAUUUUAACAGUAUUCUUUUUAGUAGUCAUAAUAAUAUUACUAUCAUUAGCAUCUACUCAAUCUACUUUGAAAUCAUUGAAUUAUAAAGAGGAAUCAUGUAUGGUUUAUGCAACAACUAGAGUUUGGAAAAACAAUGUUACAGAUUGCAAUGAUUUGAAUGAUGGUUUGAUAUCGGUGGAGUUUGACGAUCAAUUCUAUACGGGUGUACCAGAUUAUGCUGUGACUGAUGAUCCAAAGUCACCGUUUGAAAAGAUGUGCUACCAGGGUAUCUAUAAUAUCACUAUCAAGAGCAAGCAUGUCAACAGUUCGAUCGAAGGUCCUUGGAGUCGCUCGAGUACCUGGAUCGUUCGGUACCUCCAGGCAAUUCCGAUUCGUGAGCAGGUCUCAUGCUUUGUCGAUAAGACGAACAUUGAGAAUGUACUCUGGACAAAUCCACCGACAUCACCCUACGCAAUAUUCAUGUUUUCAAUGGUGUGUGUACUUGCACUGGCAUCGGUGAUCACCACCGUGGUGGCAUAUCAAAUGUUAAAGAAACAGAGAAUCAUCAACGAAGGUACUCCUCUACUAACGUCUAGGCACAGAGAAUUCAGUUUUAGAUAA